AUGUCAUUUUUCGACGCAGGCUCGGUCGGCAUUCGAGUCAUAAGUUCGUUUCGCCGACGGCGCGACAAAGGUUUCUCCCACGUGCGAGGCUAUUUGACCUUGAAGCUUGCGAGACGGAGAAUCUCUCUUACUCUCCACCCGAAUUCCAUGGAGCACCAUGAACGCCCGACACUGGAAGGGAAGCGGAGCGACUCUGAGGUGGAGAAGGUUGUCGUCAAGACGUCGACAGAGACGACUGCAGGUGGUGGUGGUGGCGUAGAGAUUGAGUAUCCGGAGGGCGGUAUAACGGCGUGGCUAACGGUUCUUGGAGCGUUCAUGAUUAACUUUUGUGGAUUUGGCUAUACGACAGCGUUCGGUGUAUACCAAGAUUUCUAUGUCCGCGACUACCUCUCGAAUUCAUCUCCCUCAGCGAUAUCAUGGAUUGGGAGUGUCAACGCUCUCCUCGGUGUUGCAUUCAGUCUGAUUUCGGGGCCUUUAUACGACCGCGGCUAUGUUCGCCCAGUCAUAUACCUCGGCUGUUUCAUACAAGCGCUGAGCCUGUUCAUGCUAUCGUUCUGUCAGCCGCAGCAGUUAUAUCAGGUUUUACUCACUCAAGGCAUUGGUUUGGGCAUUGGCUUGGGGAUAACUUAUGUCCCCUCCGUCGCUGUCGUCUCACACUAUUUCCAUCGCCGCCGCUCGCUCGUUAUGGCGCUCACUCAGGCUGGUACGCCGCUCGGUGGCCUAGUUCACCCAAUCCUCCUAAACAACCUCCUUCCCCAUCCCGGAUCGAAGCAUCGACUAAGCUUUGCUGGGGCAACGCGCGUGAGUGCGGCUCUGGGAAGCCUCUUCCUGCUCAUGGGUUGCCUCUUGGUGCGACCGCGGCCUGGAAUUAUUGCGCCUGUGCGACCGACAGCGCCAACACAUAAAACGAGCAUGUCUGCGACGUUGUGGAGGUCUCUGAAAAGCGCCGCUCGCGAUCGGCCAUACGUUAUUGCCACGAUUGCCAUGUUCUCAUACAUCAUCGCGUUCUGGUACCCCAUUUUCUUCCUCCAGCUCGAUGCGACGACACAUGGGAUGAACGAGACAUUUGCGUUUUACGUUCUUGUAAUUAUGAACUCGACCGGGCUGGUCGGGCGACUAACAGCGGGAUUCCUUGCAGAGUACUUUGGCGUCACGCUCGUCAUUACGGUCUCUACCGCUGCAGGGACGCUCCUUAUCUUCAGCAUGCUCCUAUUGAAGACCGUCGCCAGCGUGGUCGUCUUGGCGGCCAUCCAGGGUGUCUUCAUCGGCGUCUACGCUGGGCUUCUUCCCUCAUUGCUGGCCUCCUUGACGGAUGACUUCACCGAAGUCGGUCUCCGAAUGGGUAUAUCCUUCACUGUCGAAGGAAUCGGGGGCCUCAUUGGGCCGCCGCUAUGUGGAGCGCUGCUGACCUCGCAUUUCGUGUGGUGGCGGCCCACUCUGUUCAGUGCGAUCAUGGGACUGGUAGGCUGCUUAUUAUUCACGGUCGCUACCGUCCUCGUUCGUCGCAAACGGGCGCAUGUGGGUUGA